UUGAUUUAGAUCUUGAUAUACAAAUUGUCUUCACUUGAAUCAUCUACCUUUGGACUAGCAUUACUUGUUAUUAGUCUCUAUUGGUCAUUUCAUAAACGAUGACAACUUCGAUAACCUUUAAUCUUGCUAUUUAUGAUGGCAAUUGUAUACUAAAUCAAUUGUGACUUUGAUCAAAUUAUUUGAAACAACUUAAUGAUUUUUUUUAUCAGAAAAGCUUAAAUUACACCAAUUGUAACUUAUAAUCAAAGAUGUAUAUUAAAUUGAAAAUGAAAGUCAGGGAAGUAAACAAUUUUAUAGUGCGGUUGAGGUUUUUCAUUAUUUUAGAGGUGACAAGAUAAAUGAUAUUAUUAAUUACUUAUUGAUAUACAAGUAAUGCAUUUAUAUUUAAGGUUUAUAUUUAUAUCAUCAGUAACGGAUGGAACAUCAUUCAAGCAAAUCAGUGGAUUGAAAAGACACGCAGUCCGCUUUAAUUAAUCAGAUUCCUGAUGGUUUCAACGAUCUCCUUUUUCCUUCUUCAUUCCUGGGUUUGGUGAAAUUAUCCUUUAAUCGAUUCAAUUAUUUUAAUUUAAUUUCAAUUGAUUCUCCAGGAAUCAUUUCCAAUUAUUACAGACUUUCAGUGAAAGUAAAGGCUGGUCAAAUCAGUUAACCAUAACCUCCAAGGAAACUUUGCAUAUCAAAAGGUAUAAAAGCAUUUUCCAAUCAAUCUUUUUAAUCAGAUGAGUUUUAGUUAAUCAAGAAUCAUUUAGAUUUAUAUUGUGUGAUAUAUUGUGUAUACGAAACAUUAAAAUGAAUACAAUCCAGUUGACUCUUGUUUUUGGUUUAGUUUUUGCCAUCCAUUCAGUUCAAGGAGGCAAAGGCGGUGGACACAUAAUCAUUGGUGGAGGAGGUGGACAUCCACCACCACAAGCACAUCCUGUGCCUGUUCCAAUGCCAGUUCCAGUUCCAGUUCGUCAUCCAGUUUACAUACCAAUUGUGAAACACAUUCCAUAUCCAGUAACCAAACACGUUCCAAUUCAUGUUCCCGUUCACGUUCCUGUGCCAGUCCAUGUUCCAGUAAAAGUACCAGUUCACAUUCCAAUCAAAGUGGAGAAACAUUAUGAACACCAUCACAAGGGCUGGUCCCAUUUAGGAGAUGAUCAUUUCGGUGAUGAAGGCUUAUAUGGUGGCCACGAUGAACACAAUUUCAAGGAACAGGGUCACGAAGGCUAUGGUCAUGGAGGCUAUGGUAAUGGAGGCUAUGGUCAUGAAGGUUAUGGUCAUGAAGGUUAUGGUCAUGAAAGUUAUGGUAAUGAACAUGGUUACGGUCAUUAUGAUCAUGACUCUUAUUCCUCAAAGUGAAUGUGAUUUAUAUAAAUAAUAAAUAAAUUUUGUUUUAUAAUAACAAGGAAAACAUUAUUUUUGUUAUUCAAGUAUUGACACUCUUGCAUGUAUAGCAUUUCGUAUCAUUGAGUUAUCAUAUGAAUUCAGUAAAGUUUAAGUAAAAUAAAACCAUAUUGUUGAGAGGCAAAUAAUUUGAUAAUCACACAGAUCAUAGGAGAGUAACCAGAUUAAUGGAAAGAGA